AUGGCAUCCAACGCCCAGGCCGCCCAGGCCACUCCGUCAUCCGGACUCCAGCAUUCGUUUGCAAACAGUCCAGCACCACAAGACCGCGUUGAAUCAGCCACAUUCGCAACAAACGAUGCCAUCCGCAGGGUGUCACCUUCCUCGGUCUUGAGCGCAGGGGAUGCAGCGGGAAGGAAGAUGAAGAGGACUGGAACAGCUAAACAGCCGGUGAAACGGAGCCCUUACGGGCAGGCGCCACCGCCCUGGGCGACUUCUCUUCUUGGUGGAAGGGCUUCUCUCGGGUCUAUGACAAGAACUCCUUCCUUGACCCAAGGCCCGGCGGCCCAGCCUAACUCAAUUGUAGACACACCGGGCGAUACCCCGAGCACCGAUUUCAGCAUCCGUCAGUCAUGCUCGGAGUCUUCCGGUCCCUCAAGAUCCCGCAGCCCUGAACCUGUACGGAUCGAAACCGACAUUGAUGAGUCUGAGCCAGAAGACCUGUUGGUAGCCAAACUUGAGACAACGUCUUCUGAGGGGACCCCGGGCACCGACAUGGCUGGCAAGAAGCAGACCCUUGCAGAUCAUGCCAAAAUCCAGGCCUUGCAAGACACUUGGGCUUCGGGAAGCCUCGCGCCUGGAGCACCUGGCAUUGCAGAAUCGGCUGGAGAAAAGGAUUGGCUUGGUGGCAUUUCUCUGCAUGCUGAUUCCGCUUCAACCUCGAGGAAGCGUGCCAUGCCUGGAAACAUAGCCGGCGACGAGACCAACAAACGAAGAAUGACCGCCGUUCCAGUUCCAGUCAUUCCGAACAAGGCCUCGUUUCAUCAAACUUCUUCCACUUCUGAACUUAUGACUACUGAGCGCGAUCUGAUGAACGCCGUCUAUGCAGCCGAUGCAGACCAGGCCACGGACGAUGACCAGACAGCAGAAGAGCGUGAAAGCAACGUCUCGGAGCCAAGAACUGCGUCAAUCGAUAUCGAAGCAGACGAUCCCUUUUCACAAGGACUCGGUGAAUUCCACGUUACCAAGGGCCCAGACCCUCGAGGUUAUCUGCAAUGGCGUUCGCCUCAGGGCACUGAAUCCUCUUGCGGCACCAUUCUGCCAACAAACUAUCAGCUGUACCCCAAUCCAGAGUACCCUCUCAUCUGCCCGGUGCGCAACUGCCGCACCCUGUUUCGCAAGAUGAACUCGCUCGGCGCCCACUUUUGCGUGAGUCUCCUCGAGCGCUGCCAUGUUCGACACGCCGACCUGUAUCAAGAAAGGGGACGCAAUACUGACUUUCCUCAGGCCAAACAUCGGAGCUGCAAGUUCAACGACAACCUCGAUGGGACACUAAGCUUCGUCGACUACUAUAAGAAAGCUGGCGCCAGGUACACUCCUCCCAUCGUUGUAUCGCAGAAGCCUCUUCGGGGUGACGAGCCUCCCAUGCCGGAGCCCGUCCCCAGACUCGCAACAGCCACGCGACCGUUGUCUUUGAAGGCGAUGAUCACGUCGCCUCAUCAAAUCCGCAUGCCCACAGUCCCCAUGUACCAGGCAGCAAGCAACCCAUCCCUUCCCGUGCCUCCGUCAUCCACCCAAAACGAGCCUCCUUACUCGAUACCCAGCAGUCAGCCUAACCCUUCUGGCUUGGACAGCCCGGAUCUACUUACUUACUUAACGUCGCACCUAUCACCCGCGUAUAAGUUACCGACGGAGAGGCCAGACAUAAAAGCUCUACUGAAGCUCCCUCGAAGGCGCUCGUUGCCACAAGCUUGGCGGCUCAAGUACACAGGAGUCGGUCAUCUAGCUCCCCUCGCCUCCGUCGCCCUCCUCAUAUACCUCACUGGGGAUGAAGCUCCAGUUCCGUGCACAGUGUGUCAUGGUCAGGGGGCGAACUCUUCCGAAAACUUCCUUCAGCCGUGUAUGGCUUUGCCCGCCGCUGCCCCCCCUUUCUUGAAGGAAAUUGGGAACAGGGCAUGUGCCGGUUGCCAGUGGCGAUCCAACUUUCGGAGGGAGAAGAACAACUGCUCCUUCUUGCUCACCCAUCUAUCUGAUUCGUCCACGGUGCCAGCUACUCGUGUCGUAUCAACCGCUCCUGUGAGCCGUUCGUCGCCUCCCGUCACAUCUGACGUGGAUGAGUACCCCUUGCCGUUUCCUCCUCUUCCACGAACAGAUCAUUCGGCGGUCGCUCCUCAAGCACCUCCACCAACUCGCUCAUCGCACCCGCCUUCUUCUACGCAUGCGGCCCCGAGUGCCUACAGCAAUGGACCACCGCCUCCCGAUAGCCCUCCGAGACGGGUCACAAGACAUUCGCUGGCCUCCAAGCUUGUCGCCGAAGCCGGCCCUUCUAGCCUUCCGGCUCCUGCGCCGAACUCCCUUGCCGGGAAUCCGAUGCCCUCCAACAUGCUUGAGAUGGAAGACUGGGAAGUGGCCCCAGGCAGACUUCGCGACGAGCAAAGCGAGUCGCCAACUAACGUGGCGUUUUCAAACUCAUAUUUGACGACCAACCAAGCCGUCACAGUAUCAGAAGACAUUUCUUUCAAUGUCAUCGUCAUCAAACCGGGCGACUCACACCACUGGCCCGAAGAAGCAGACAAAGUCCGCAUAUGUUCCAUUGCGACAGGGAAACUCAAGGUUAAGCUCGACAAUGCGGAGGCUUUUUUUAUGGGGUUAAACGGCAUGUUCAAGCUGAAGCCGGGCAUGGCAUGCACUGUUGAGAAUCGAUUAUACGUCGACUCCGUAGUUCACGUCACGACUGUUUCGUAUGCCUAG